AUGGAACAACAACAUAAACAAAUUACAGCUGUAAUAAAUGAAAUUAACGAUAUAAAAGCCGGCCUAGCGGACUUGAAAAAUGCUAUAAAUGUACAAAAGGAGCAUUUCAAACCUGAUGAGCAAUUUGAAGAAGUUUUAAGUGAGUUAUCUGAGCGUGAAAAACGCAAAACUAAAGCAAUUAUAUGGGGUCUUCCUGAAUCAUCAAAUGCUACUAAUAAUUCUAAUAAUGAUAAACAAUCAAUAAUAGAUAUAUUCUCUAAAGUUGGAUUUCAGCAUGAACCCACCAAUAUGGUACGACUGGGUAAACCUAUUCCAAAUUCAACAUACCCUAGACCCAUUAAGUUAACUUUCUCAAAUCAAGAAGCUGUAUUUCAACUACUUAAGAACAAUAAGACCUUGAAAGAAAAGAAUAUUAAAAACAUUUACAUAACCUCAGACAAAACUCCUAAACAACAAGUACACUACAAAUCCCUAAAAAAUAAGAUGGAGGAAAGAAUAAAGAAUGGCGAAGCAGGUUUGCGUUUAAGAUACUUGAAAGGAAUACCCACGAUUAUAAGCCAAUCCAGUGAUCAUUUAAACUAA